UUCACGGGACGAUUCUUCACCGAAUACGGCGCAGGCCCAUUCGCUUCUUAUGACGAUAUGAUAGCAUGGUUUAAACACAAGUUUGACGUAUCUCAGCGGAUGAAGAAAGCGCCUCUCGACGCUCCGCGGUUCGACAGCUCGUGGCCACCAGUCUUUACACACCAAGACUUGUGUCCCCAGAACAUUUUGUUAGCACGCGAUAGCACGUUGUAUGUGUUGGGCUGGCACAGAUCUGGGUUUUUACCCUGCAUGGUUCGAAUAUGCCAGCAAGCGCUGUGA